CUGCCACUGUGUACUUUUCCAGCACUGGGUGAAUAGAAGCUGGCAAAAAAAUAAAAAAACGAAGCUACCGUUGGAUUUGCCGAAUCGACGUCUCGAAUCAACAUACAGCAAUAUAAACUAGUCUGCAAACUGACCGGGCUUGGCGAAUAAUCAAAAUACUUUAAAAGUCUCGGAAUUCAUAGGACUUCAAGUUUCUGCAUUAAAAAGAUCGACAUGUCGCAUACUAUUCUAUUGGUUCAGCCGGGAGCACGACCGGAGACGCGUACUUAUUGCGACUACGAGAGCGUUAACGAAUGCAUGGAGGGCGUGUGCAAGAUCUACGAGGAGCACCUGAAGCGCCGCAAUCCGAACACGCCAACCAUCACCUACGACAUCAGCCAGCUGUUCGACUUCAUCGACACUCUGAUGGACAUCAGCUGCAUGGUUUACCAGAAGAGCACCAACACCUAUGCCCCCUACAACAAGGACUGGAUCAAGGAGAAGAUCUACGUGCUGCUACGCCAGGCAGCCUUCAGUCCCAACGCCUAAAGUCAAGGAAUCAAGAAAUACCAAAAACCCCAAAUGGAUGGAAACUAUGGGGGACGCAUUGACCAACAACACCAAUGAAACUCGACGAUGGCGAGCACCUCGAACGGGGAGAACCUCUGCUGCUAACUACACACACUAAACACACAUAACACACCAACAGUUGACAGCAGAAAACAAUGCGAAACACAAAGAGAACGAGAAACUGUUUAACUUAGAAAUGGAAAACUUACUUUACACGUACUAAUAUAAUGUAUAUACACCCAACUAA